GCGGGACCAGGAGUGGUCCCACAAUGUGGCACUAUCUCUUCAUGGUCUGUGCUGAUCCCAAUAUCCCUCUGUCCCUGUCCCCCACCUUCCAUCCCCUUCUGUCCUGUCUCCUUUUCCAGGUGACCCGGGCUCCCCUUCUUUCCCGCUUCGCCCCCGUAUAGUGGUGUUUGAUGCCCUGCUGGCCGAUCUGGAGACCACAACCUCCCACAUUUCCAAGCGCCCAGUACUGCUCACAGACUCCGGGGCCACCCAUGCCAACGGGACGGGGCAGGAUGGGACGCCUGAGGCCAGGCCCCUCCCACCACCCUACAACCCUCAGCAGCAGGUCAUGUCCAUGAACCCCCCACCUGUCUCCGCCCCGCCCAGCGGGGGCGAUAAAGAGCAUCUCUACAGCACUGUGUGCAAGCCCCGCUCGCCCCGGCCGGGGGCCCCCGCUGCGCCUCCCUUCUCCUCCUCCAGCGGGGUGCUGGGCGCUGGCCUCUGCGAGCCUGGGGGUCCCCUCCGGGGCUCUGCUGGCCCCUGCUCGGCUGGGAUCUUGAGUCCCUUGCUGGAUUGGGAUCCAGAAAUACUGCCCCCUGGUGGAUACGUGUGGCCACUGCAGGCAACUCAUGGCAACCCUGGUGCGCGCGUCUUUGUCUUUUCCUCAGAUGAAAUCAUGUCCCAGUUCCCAUCCAACAAGGGCCCCGAUGGGGAGAAGCGGAAGGAGAAGCCGGAGGAUGCUGGGGAAGGAGGUUCCCCAACUCACUCCACUGGCUCCACCCCCACUCCCAUGAAGCCAUCAGCCACAUCUGCUACCCUGGAGUUAGACAAGCUCAUGGCCUCCCUGUCCGACUUCCGAGUCCAGAGCAACCUCCCGGGAGCCUCUACGGCGCCCCCCCCGGCCCGCAUCUCCAUGGUGCAGCAGCCGGUGGUGUCGUCCGUCGGCCCCAGCCCCUCGGUGCCGCUCCCCACAGCUACGUCGGCCCCGCAGGGGGUCAACUUGGACAGCAUGCUGGUGAUGCUGCAGUCGGAUCUGAGUCGCCAGGGCAUCCCCACCGGCAGCAAGGGGCUGUGUGCCUCCUGCCAGAAACCCAUCGCUGGGCAGGUGGUGACGGCGCUGGGCAGCACCUGGCACCCUGAGCACUUUGUCUGCACCCACUGCCAGACGGAGAUGGGCGGCAGCAACUUCUUUGAGAAGGACGGCGCCCCCUACUGCGAGAAGGAUUACUUCCAGCUGUUCUCGCCCCGCUGCGGCCUCUGCAAUGAGCCCAUCCUGGAUAAAAUGGUGACGGCUCUGGAUAAGAACUGGCACCCGGAGCAUUUCUGCUGUGUGAAGUGCAGGAGGCCCUUUGGGGAGGAAGGUUUUCACGAGAAGGACGGCCAGCAGUACUGCCGCCAGGACUUCUACGAGCUCUUCUCCACGCGCUGCCAGGGCUGCGGCCAGGCCAUCCUGGAGAACUACAUCUCGGCCCUCAGCGCCCUCUGGCACCCCGAGUGCUUCGUCUGCAGGGUGAGCCGCCGGGCACCACGCAGCAGGCUUAGAGGCAGGAUCGAGACGCGCCGGAGAGCCUGGGGGCUGAGCGACAUGGAUCCUGGGGAGACGGGAGGGAUGUAG